AUAAUCAAGUUCCCGAUGUAGUUAUUUCCCUCUCUGUUCAAAACGCUAGCAGUACUCGGACUGGGCUCAUUUCAGCUAAACCAGCCACAACAAGAAGAAUAAAACAUGUCUGACAAGCUGCCCUUCAAAGUUGCUGAUAUCAGUCUAGCAGAGUGGGGGCGUAAAGCGAUUGACAUUGCGGAGAACGAGAUGCCAGGUCUGAUGAAGAUGAGGGCGAUGUACGGGUCGUCUAAGCCUCUGAAAGGAGCGCGCAUCGCUGGCUGCCUGCACAUGACCCUACAGACAGCUGUGCUUAUUGAGACGCUCACUGCUCUUGGAGCUGAGGUGCAGUGGUCAAGCUGUAACAUCUUCUCUACCCAGGAUCAUGCUGCAGCUGCUAUGGCCAAGACUGGUGUUCCUGUGUACGCGUGGAAAGGGGAGACAGAUGAGGAGUAUGUGUGGUGUAUUGAGCAGACCCUGUACUUCAAGGAUGGCCAGCCGCUCAACAUGAUCCUGGAUGAUGGAGGAGACCUGACCAAUCUUGUUCACCAAAAAUACCCAAAAUUAUUAGAAGGAAUCAGGGGCCUGUCUGAGGAAACAACUACUGGGGUUCACAACCUUUAUAAGAUGAUGAAGACUGGUGAACUCAAAGUUCCUGCCAUUAAUGUGAAUGAUUCGGUUACUAAGAGUAAGUUUGAUAACCUGUAUGGCUGCCGUGAGUCCCUUAUUGACGGCAUCAAACGGGCAACAGACGUGAUGAUUGCUGGCAAGGUAGCUGUUGUAGCUGGCUAUGGCGAUGUCGGUAAGGGCUGCGUCCAGGCUCUCCGAGGCUUUGGUGCUAGAGUCAUUGUCACCGAGAUCGACCCCAUCAAUGCCCUGCAGGCGGCCAUGGAAGGCUAUGAGGUGACAACAAUGGAUGAGGCCAGCAAGGAGGGAAAUAUAUUUGUGACAACUACUGGCUGUGAGGAUAUUAUCCUGGGCAGACACUUUGAACAAAUGAAAGAUGAUGCCAUCGUCUGCAACAUUGGCCAUUUUGAUUGUGAGAUUGACAUGAAGUGGCUGAACCAAAAUGCUGCUGGGAAAAUCAAUGUCAAACCUCAGGUUGACCGUUACCACUUGAAGAAUGGACGUCAUAUCAUUGUUCUGGCAGAAGGCCGUCUUGUGAAUCUGGGCUGUGCCAUGGGACACCCAAGCUUUGUAAUGAGCAACUCCUUCACCAAUCAGGUCCUCGCCCAGAUUGAGCUUUGGACCAAUCCUGACAAAUAUCCUGUUGGAGUCUACUUCCUGCCAAAAAAGCUGGAUGAGGAGGUAGCUGCUGCCCAUUUGGACAAACUUGGUGUGAAACUCACGAAGUUGACAGAGAGUCAAGCUAAAUAUUUGGGCCUACCCCAUGAGGGUCCUUUUAAACCAGACCACUAUCGGUACUAAGGAGCUUCUGCCAACUGGUAUGUCCCAGAGUUUAGGCUGCAGCUGGAGAAAGGUCCAUUACUGUCACUGUCACUGAAGGCUGUUCCAUUAUGGCGCAUCAUUCAAAUAUGAGUAACCGCAGCCUAUAUUCUCAGAGGUUUCAAGGACACAAAUGGCAUAUCCUUCUCAGUUAAUCUUCUGCACAUAUCUGUUAGCAUAAAUUACAUGUACUUAUAGUAUUUUAUUAUGAAUUUCAGUAUACUUUUACGCUACUGCGUGCCCUGUUUGACAGUAAUUCUUUAGAGAAUAAACAUUUAAACCAAUAUAAACAUUUGCAUUUUUGUUGCAUGGGAUUGUUAAAUUUAUCACAGCACACAAAUCAUGUUUGAAAAAUAUUACAUUUGAAAAUUAGUUAUAUACAAUGGGACAACAAAUAUUUAUAUGUUAAUUCCAUAACUGUAUUUUUCUUGUUCAUUUCUUCAGGGCAGAACUAAUGACAUGACCUUGUUAAUCUUAUUUUGUAUGUCCUAAUAUUGAGACAGCAUUUGUAGGACAGUGCCACGGAGGACCUGUUCAAUUUGAACUGCAGCCUAUAAUUAUUAAAAAUAAGAUGCUUUUAUAGAACCACAAAUAUGGCACCUAUAGCUGUUAGAUUAUACUUAAAUACUGUAAAAUUGUUGGUUUGGUUUAUUUUCAAAAUUAAAUACUUAAAAAAUCCACUAGAUUUUAGUAAAGGUGAAAAUAACUGGAUUUAGUUUUGUGUUGCUUCAAUGCUUGAAAGUUGGAUGAAACUACAUGAGAACCUAUUGAGUUUCCAGUCAUAUUUUUAUAAGAUGUGGGAGUGGAAAUGACUUUUAUGAUUGUAUGGAUUCAAUGUAAUUUGGUCUUCCUCAAAAUGUGGAGAUGUCCCUUGAAUGUGCCAUAGUAAAAUCUUUGUUGUCACUGUUAGAAAUGGUCUGCAAGUAAUUAGACAUUUGGCAUUUGAAUGACUAAAAACACCCCUUAAGACACCUAAGGAUGUACUUUUUAAAGGUUUCCU